CGCGGCGGCGGCGGCGGCGGGGGGAGCAGGGGGAGCAGGACAGGCUGAGGGGGUGGAGGGGGUGGGGGGGAGAAGCGCCGGGGGCUGUUGUCAGGAGGAACGGGGGGGGGGGAAGCAGGAGGAGGAGAAGCGGGGGGGGGGGCAGCAGGGCCCGGGCGAUCGGGGGAAGCGGCGGCGGCAUCUGAAGCAGAAGUGAAGCAAGAAGCGGCAGCAGCAGCGGGCAACACGGCGGGCAGCGGGAGCAUUCAGGGGGGGGAGGCAGCAGGAAGCACGGGGGGGGGAAGCGGGGAGAGAGAAGCAACCGUGGGCGAGUGCGACAAGCAGCAGACGGAGCCGAGCGGUGAAGACGGCGGCGGUGGUGUUGGUGUUGUCGGUGUUGGUGGUGUUGGUGUCGGUGUCUCGCCAUGACGAUCCUGCCCAAGAAGAAGCCCGAGAAGGAGGAGUCUGAGCGCGAUGGCGCCGAGCUCCCGCACGGCCUCCGCCUCCCCGCGGGGCCCGAGGCGCGGGGCGCGCGGCCCCGGGGCCCCGCGGGGGGCUCCUGGGCCGGGCCGGCCGCGCGGGACGAGCGCGGCGGGGGGGACCGCGGCGGGGACCGCGGGGACCGCGGGGGCGUCGUGGUCGUGGGGGUCUCCGGAGUGUCCGGGGUGUCCGGGGUGUCGGGCGUCCCCGGGGUGGCCGGGGUCCCCGGGGGGGUCGGGCCCCGAGAGGCGCGGGCAGCCUACGAGGACGCCGAGAGCCUGGAGUGCGGCCCCAGCCACAGCAAGCGGAGGCACCGCGCCUCCCCCCACCGGUCCUCCCGCAAGAGCCACAGGGCCAGCAGCCACCACCACGGGGGGGGAGGAGGAGGAGGAGGUGGUGGAGGGGGGGGAGGAGGAGGAGGCGGUGGCGGAGGUCCCGUGGGCCCGGGGGCUGUGGGCCAGAGAGCCUCGGCCUCCCCGCGUAGCGAGGAGCGAGGCCCCGGGGUGGUCGGAGGAGGUGGAGGAGACCGAGGAGGCGGAGGAGGAGGUGGAGGAGGAGGAUGUAACAGUGAAGAUGAACAUGAAGCCGGGGCCGGACCCAUCCAACAACAACAGCAGCAGCAGCCGCAACAGGACGCGCCUAGUGGGGAGCAGGGCGAGGCGUGGUUUGAGAACGUGCUGAAGGAGAAUCAGGGAUUCAUCAUCAAGCGCAUGUCAGAAGACGGAGCCUGCCUCUUCCGUGCUGUUGCAGACCAAGUGUAUGGGGACCAGGACAUGCACGAUGUCGUGCGCAAGCACUGUAUGGAUUACCUGAUGAAAAACGCAGACUAUUUCUCCAACUAUGUCACGGAAGACUUUACGACGUACGUGAACAGAAAGCGCAUGAACCACUGCCAUGGCAACCACAUCGAGAUGCAAGCCAUGGCGGAGAUGUACAACCGCACCUUCGAGGUGUACCAGUACAGCACAGAACCAAUCAACACGUUCCACAGCAUUUACAGGACGGACAACGAGCCGAUCCGUGUGAGCUACCACCAAAACGCGCACUACAACUCGGUCGUGAACCCCAACAAGGCCACCAUCGGUGUGGGGCUGGGCCUGCCCUCCUUCAAGCCUGGGAAUGCAGAUAAAACGCUCAUGCAGAGCGCCAUCAAAACGUCGGAGGAGUCUUGGAUCGAGCAGCAGAUGUUGGAGGACAAGAAGCGGGCGACCGACUGGGAGGCGACCAACGAGGCCAUUGAGGAGCAGGUGGCGAGGGAGUCUUACCUGCAGUGGCUGCGCGAACACGAGAAGCAAGCCACACAGCCCAGGAAAGCCACCGCCACCUGCAGCUCGGCCACAGCAGCCGCUGCUGGGGUGGGGGGCGGGGGCCCUGCGGAGGAGAGUGGUGGGGGCCGCUCGCCCCGGCCCCGCGUCGCACUCUGCAGCUCCCCUGACCCCCCGGAGGCCACGGGCAGCGAGCCGGGGCCCAGGGGAGGGCCCUCCUCCGUAGGCCCUAAGCCUCCCUCUCCCGGCCCAUCCAUCUACUCCAAGCCUCCCUCCCCGACUGCCGGCACAAGCUCCCACGUGUACUCCCCGCAGCCCUCGAGCAGCCAGGCCUUCACGGGCCUCCACGGGGCCGCGAGCCAGCCCCUCGACUCGCGCACCGUCAUGCAGCAGAUGUCGCCGACGGCCUUCGGUCUCACGGACUGGGAAGAUGAUGACAUUCUGGCCUCGGUAAUGGCUGCAUCUCAACAGGAAUACCUGGACAGCCUGAGGAAGCAUGCUGGGGGCCCCCCCCAGUCCCCCGGCAGUGUCCGUGCCCCCCCUUCGCCCGACAGCAGUUGAUAGCAGCCCCCCUCCCCCAAAAACGAACGCACUCCCUUCGGCCCCCCCGUGUGGCUUCACCAGUCCCCGCCCCCCAGGGCCUCAUAGCAACGAUUAUAGCACACGGGAGCAACGCAAGAGAAAGCGGCACUUCCUGAGGACUUAACACGGCGACACUCGGGACACAGCGACAAACGACACCUGAGCACAUUGACACCUAAGCACGGCAGCAGGAGAUGGUAGCACCCAGAGACGCCCAGAGCUUCAGACGUAGACACGUACACAGUAACACGGACAGACACCUAGGCACGCAGUUACACCUCGACAGUGCCACCUCGGCACACGGUGACAUUAACAAAGUGACACCUGCUUAGCACAGUGACACGACACAGUGACCCACUUCUCGGCGACACACACGUCCCCAGAUACAGCCCAAUAGCGUGUGGCUCAGUCUUGGAGCACCCUCUGGACACGUGAUCGCUUCUGUUUGGGUCAUUAUUACACCUGUCGCAGCAUCGGGGCAAGUCGUCACUCGCUCCCCAGCAGGGACUUGUGGAGUUGCGACUGAUCCACCACAGUGUGCCAGAGUUGCGCCACAGAAGCCCGCACGAGGAAAACUGGCAAACGGGUGGCUCGGCGGUCGAGCGCGCCAGCGGCUCGCAACCGAAGGUUCCGAGUUCAAAUCUCGGUUAAAAUGAGUACCGCAUUGUGGGGAAGUCAACAGUGGUUGUGCUAUGGGUGGACUCGCCCCCGCCAUAGGAAUGUGGAGUUUCCACCACUGGCUCAGGGCUGUAAAUGGGAGAUGAGCACCAUUCUAGCCUCGAUGCUCACACGUGAGCAGAAAUUACCUUUAGGACGAUUAAAGGAAACGGGACUCGGCCAUCCCUCCGGUACUAAGAGUAAACGGGAGCCAGCAACCCGUGCCGCCAGGACGGCCUUCGCCGCCAAUGGUGUGGCUUCUCAUUUUUACCGUAGUCCACCGUGUCGUUAGUUAGAUGUGUAACCAAAACUUAUUAUUUUUAUUAUUAAUGUACCUAAAAUGACAUACUUCACUUUCAGUAUAGCCGAUGUCUUCCUGUAUUUUUUCAUUGCUACCUGUAUGUGAAUGCUGAGGUGUUGCGUGACAUUUCUGUAGGUGUCUUGUAGAACUAGCGCAGUGGCCUGCGUCCUGUAGGAUGGGCGAGUGGGCCUUGCCGACUCUAAAGGUGCGCGGUUCCACAGCACGUCCGGCCCAGGCAUUUCCCUUCUUGCCAGAGCCGAGUGGCUGCUGGUGUUGACGGUGUUAUAAUCUGGAAGGCGAGGAACAGCUAUUAUUGUACAACUUCGACUACUGUUCAAAUACAUGGUUAAUUUCA